AUGCAAUUCGCAAAACUCUUUCUCCGCCGAGUCUUGUCCGGCAAGCCAUGGAUGAUGACCCACGUCCAAUCCCUCACCCAACCUGCCAAAUCAUCGGACAGCACCUCGCUAGCUCAAGAAAUGUCCGCAUCGGAGAUCAAGGAAAGGGAGAUUGAUCCCACAGAUAAGGAUUCCUGGUCUCGAGGACCAGAUCUACUGUGGUUGAACAAUGUCCCGAACAAAAGGAAGCCGAUGACAAAGUCCUUGCCUCCAGGGCUCUACAUCGAGCUUCCUGAAGUGGGCAGUGAGGAGUUCGUGCGCCGUGCAUCGCGCGGUGAGGUCCUGGUUGCAGGGUCCACGGCUGGAAGAGUCAUUGCGCCCCCACUUGAAGACCGCGUGUCGCAGAACAUGGCCAGUACUACACAAUCAAAUGCGUCUACAAGCGAGGGCCAUAUUUUUCCAGAUUUCGCCGCCGUUUUCGCGGACAUGGGCAUCUGGCGAUCAAGCCCAUUCUGGAUACCGAAACAAGCGCGUCUGUGUGCUGUACUGUCCUGCCUGUACACGCAUGCGGUCCACCAAUAUCUCAACGGUCUCAACGACACGCCACGCCCGUCCCGUCCCGCGUCGAAUGGAGUGUACAACGGGCGACAGUGGACCCCGGGCAACGACAUGACACCAGCCGGUGGUCGCGGCAUGAGGCGGAUGCUUUCCGACAUCUCAUGCUGGGUGGACGUGACUGGUCCUGAACUCUCCGAGACCGGUGUGCUUGCGACACUUUCCUCCAGCCCGGCUCAGUUCACACCAGUCCAGUACAGCAGCAUAGAUCAGGAUCAGCCUUUCGUGGAGGCCCGGUUCCUUGAGGACCUCGAGAAGGGCUCAGAACUAUUGGAGGCGCCAUGGGACGAGAAAACGAUGAAGGAGGUCAUCAACGCCCACCGCGAGCUCAUUGAUGAUGCCGCUAUACAAAUACGCGGCACAAGUACCCCGGGACAUCCCAUCUCAUUCCGACUCUUUAUGGCCACACCCGCAGACACGUUGCAAAUUGCCGAAGAUCAAGGAUGGUUACAUCCCGACAACCCGAUACUUGGACUCGCCAGGGCCGUCCGGACUCAGUGCAAAGGUGCCAUUGAGCAGCCCGAAUUCAGAGCCGACAAAGGAUGCGACGGCCUGUUGAUGUACCUGAAUGGCCUGAGAGAACUCGACUACAUUCUUGCGACGCCAGGGAUGCCCGAAGGCAUCAAGGCCAACAGACAAAAGUUCCUGGAUAUCGAUCUCAGCCAGGUCGUUGUCGUCCAUUUUGACUACCCCCAAGAACUGAUAUCUUUCUAUUUCCUGGGCCAGGGUCCUCUAUCCAAGGAGACCCUCGACAAGAUGGUGGCCUUGACUGGCGCGCCACCUCCUUCAGAAGCUGUGUACACUGAUAUUGUCGGCGUGCUGCUGGAUUCCUCAUACUAUCUCACUGUCGUCAUGGAUUAUCACACCGGAAAGGCCGUCAAAAUCGAGCUCCACCUGUUCUUCCCCGUGAAGCUGCCCCCGGACAUGAACAUUCCCGACGUUGGAGACCGGCUGGCUAGCUUCUGGGAUAUUCCAACGUAUGAGUCUGAGGAAAUGGAUGUGUUAUCAUAUUGUUUCGGCGAUACGCGUACGGGCGACAUUCUGGCACUAAGAGGUUACUGCGGAGGCUUCAGAGAGUUGAUGAGAUCUUGGGGCAUCAUUGGCGCGUGA